UGACAGUGGGCGCAAGUUGAAGAAAAUCGUCUCGUCAACUGUUGAAACGUUCCUGGACGCUGUUUCCGACAAAAUUGGGCAACCUGACGGGAUCACGGAGGAGGAGGAAGUUGAUACAAAACCUCGCAUUGUCGAAGUCAUUUACAAGACGAAAUAGCUUUUCCCUUUAUCUUAUCACCAAUCCGUUGAUAAAUCGUUCGUUCGAUUGAGCCAGCUAGUGUUACCCAGAUACGUUAUCAGUGGAAGUGGAACAAUUGUUUAGUGUACCAUAAUGGGUGUGACCGUGUCAAAGUCGCCUCUGGAGCGCCGGAACACCGUCCUGAGGCGAAGUCAGCGCAGGUCGAUCCAUGGAGUGAAGUCAAAAGCGGACAAAAUCGUCAAAGAAAUCAAAAAAUUCAAAGCAAGUGAUGAGUCAGCGUAUCUCGCCCUCAGAACCAAAAUCGAGGCACUUGAACGUGACUUAAAACACACCUCUAAACAACUCCAACCGCAGCUAAAGCCACUUUUUGAGGAAACCCUCCAGAGGGCGCAACAAUGCUACCAACUCCUGGAGGACAAGUUCAAGGAGAACCAAGCCGAGGCGAGUAACAACAACGAGGACGAAAACGACGAUGUUUUCGUCGAGGAAACCCAAGAAGUGCCCCAAUCGCCCAAAAAAGUCCAACUGACUUUGGUGCAAGUUGAGCCAAUCGAGGCGAGUCCCCAGAUCAAUAAGCGCUUUUCAGCGAUGAAGCUGGGAGUUCCGGUACUUCCCGGAACAAUUCUCGAAAGCCAAGCGCGGAAAUCGCUCGAUUCGCAGGAUAAAGUCGCGAAUUUGCGGCAGGGGAUUGAGAAAGUGGAGCUGGAGAUUAGCCAGUUUGUGGGGAAGAAGAACGGGAGGUACUAUGGGAGGAUUAAGGGACAGUUGGAGGAGUACCUGAGCGAGUUGAGGAAUAUUGUGCCGGCUGAUGAUGAAGUGGCAGAGCAGGUCAAGUUGAAUUGUAAUUAUGUGGCGAGUUGUUUGACGUUUUUGGACGAGAAAGCGAUCGAUGAUGGGGAUGAUGAUGAUUAUGACGAGGUGCCGACGCCAAGGCUGGUGGAGGAGAGGAAUUUGUCGCCUAGGAGCAUGCGAACGACCUAUAUUUGAUGUUUGGGAGUGUGUUACAUUACUAUUGUUAUCUUGUUUGUUACGUGUUGUUUAAAUAAAAUAAAUUGAUAAAA